CGCUGUCGGCGGCCGCUUCCGGGCCCCCGUUCCUUGGUAACAAUGGAGCAGAAAAUGGCCGCCUGAGAGGGGAGGCAGGGCGACGCUGCGGCUUCUUGGGGACGGACGGAGCGCGGCGAGCCGGCACCGAGCCCGCUGAGGACCGGAGAGAGCAGCGGAGCGAGAGCUGAGGAGACGGCGGCGGGCGACAUUAUUCCAUUUGUCAAGAUGGAAAGCUCAGAUUCUAGUGAUAAAGGAAAUAUUGAUCAAUCAGAAGCACAACGGCAGAGUCAGCUGGAUCGCUUAGAUCGAGAAGAGGCUUUCUAUCAGUUUGUAAACAACCUGAGUGAAGAGGACUACAGGCUUAUGAGAGACAACAAUUUGCUAGGAACACCAGGUGAAAUUACUGAAGAAGAGUUGCUGAGAAGGCUGCACCAAGUUAAAGAAGGUCCGCCACAGCAAAACAGUGAUGAGAAUAGAGGUGCAGAGUCCACAGAAGAUGUUUCAAAUGGAGAUUCUAUAAUAGACUGGCUUAAUUCAGUCCGACAGACUGGAAAUACAACACGAAGUGGGCAGCGAGGAAACCAAUCCUGGAGAGCCGUGAGCCGGACUAACCCAAAUAGUGGUGACUUCAGAUUCAGUUUGGAAAUAAAUGUCAACCGUAAUAAUGGGAACACAAAUCCUGAAACUGAGAAUGAGCCAUCUGUAGAGCCUUCCAGUGGGGAGGAUUUGGAAAACAGCCAAAGUGACUCUGAAAUUCCAAGGUCUGAAUCACCAUCUGCAAGGCAGCCUGGAUCAGAAAGGAGCACUUCAGAAGAGUUAACUGAAGAAGCUUCUCCUAGAGGGCAGAGGAGAGCGAGAAGUAGGAGCCCAGAACAGCGGAGAACACGGGCUAGGACUGAUAGAAGUAGGUCACCUAUUAAUCCAGUGAGUGAGGCUCCUCGCAGGUCUCAUCACAAUACAUCAUCUCAAACGUUUGACCAUUCAGCAGUGAAUGAAGCUGAGGGAAGCUCUAGAACUAGGCAGCAUGUGACACUAAGGCAGCAUGCAGUGGGGACUGAGAUUCCUAGUGAAAAUGCAGUUCUGUUUUCAGCCCCUGAAACAAGACCUGUUCCUCAAGCAGCAGGUUCUUCAGAAACUAAUGGUGCCAGUGAGUCUGCAGCUCCUGGACAGAGGCCUCCUACCAUAGUGCUCGACCUCCAGGUGAGAAGAGUUCGUCCAGGAGAGUAUCGGCAAAGGGACAGCAUAGCCAACAGAACUCGGUCCCGCUCCCAGACUCCUAACAACACAGUCACUUACGAAAGUGAACGGGGAGGGUUUAGGCGUACGUUUUCACGUUCAGAACGGGCUGGAGUGAGAACUUAUGUCAGCACCAUUAGGAUUCCUAUUCGUAGAAUCUUAAAUACAGGCUUAAGUGAGACUACGUCAGUUGCAAUUCAGACUAUGCUAAGGCAGAUCAUGACAGGCUUUGGAGAGCUGAGUUACUUUAUGUAUAGUGAUAGCGAUGCAGAUCCUAGUGGCCCAACUCCAAAUCAGAAUGUGGAUGCUUCUGAGCCACAGAACGGAGGGGGUGGUAGUUCAAGCAAUGAAAGUACAGAUGUUAGCUCAGGGGAGGUGUUUGAAGGUAGUAAUGAAGGUGGUUCAACAUCUGGUGCCAGACGGGAAGGUCGGAAUACGAGAGGAUCGGUGACGUUUGAAGAAAGCGGUUCUUUACCAUUCCUUAGCCUAGCACAAUUUUUCCUACUAAAUGAAGAUGAUGAUGACCAACCAAGAGGACUCACCAAAGAGCAAAUUGACAACCUAGCUAUGAGGAAUUUUGGUGAGAGUGAUGCUCUGAAAACAUGUAGUGUGUGUAUUACAGAGUACACGGAAGGAAACAAGCUUCGUAAAUUGCCUUGUUCUCACGAGUAUCACGUCCACUGCAUCGACCGCUGGUUAUCAGAAAAUUCCACUUGUCCCAUUUGUCGCAGAGCAGUCUUAGCUUCUGGUAACAGAGAGAGUGUUGUCUAAAUGAGAUCUGAACUUAUGGCUAAGCAGCUAGUGUAAUAGUGAUGGGCAAAGAAGUCACUUCCUUUAUGGCCACUUUUUGAGUGGUAACUCAAUGUAUAGUAAUUACUUGGAGUGAAUCUUCCCUCAUGAAAGAAUUUUCUCUGAAUUCAAGCAUUUAAAAUUGGAAAAAUUGAUUAAGGUUUUCAAGAUCUAGUCGGUUUGUGUGAUGAAUUUCAUUUGUCCAAAGACAUCUACUCACUUAAAAAUACUUCUUUAUGAAGAGUGCUAAGUUCUAUCCCCUUACUCCUCCAGUCCAAUAAAAAGUUUUUCCUCAACAUUGUGCUUGUGAGUAGUCUUUCUGGGAAGUCAUCCCAGCUAAAUGCGCAAGAGUCAUAGAGGAAUUUUUGCAAGAAAUCCAACUGACUGAAAAAAAAAAAAAAACCCUGAAUUUAAUUGCAUACUUGAAAAUACUUUUGAUUUUCAUACUGGGUUAAUAUUGGACAUGUCUGUGUAAAUAACACUAAUGUUAGCCCUUUCCCCAUCACUAUGGCACGCUGUAGGAUGAGCUGUUAGCUUAAUUGGGAUAUUUAUCUUGUUGUGGAAAUAUAAGAAUUGCCUAUGCUUGUUUAAAUAAAAAAAAAAAAAUCUGUUUUAAAAUUGUAAAGCUUUUUUGUAGAAGCUCAGUACUUUUCCAAUGCACUGUUGUAUUAAUGCAUUAAGAAUUAAAAUUGUACCACGCUUAGAAACUGAGAAUGCUUUUCAUACAAAACCCACCACAGAGAGAGCAAACUAAAUACAAGAGAGCUGCUUUUGUGACUGUGUACCUGUCAGGAGCAGUGCAUAUCUGUGCUAUUGAUGUGAACAACUACUGUGACGUACAAGUGAAUUGGACACUUAAUUGCCUUUAAAAAAUUGAAGCAGAAUGUUUAUAGCUGCAGUGUGUUGGCUCAGUAAUGCCACCCAAAAAGAUGAUAAUAAUUAGUAACUGUCCUAACAGUUCCUUUGUGUGGUUACUAAUAUGUAAUAACACAAACCAAUGUGCACCAGUUCAUUUGGUGACAUGUAUGCCCUAUUUUUGUAUUUUUACUUGAAAUUUGGAGGUAACCCUAUGUAAUUCUUCAGCAGACAUAUACUGGCAGUUUGGGAUUUUUUUUCCCCGCUCCAGCUUCAACAAUAUUAGUAAUUGCUGGAUCUGUUUAGUGAACAUGCUGAUGGGUAUCCACUGUUCAUAGCCUGUGACUCAGUGCUGCAAAGAAAUAAGUAUUAACUGGAAAAGAGAUUCAUUAGUAGAGUGCUAGAUUAAAUAUGAAAACUAUAACUGAUUGCAGGAGUAUAUUUAAUGUUAAUCUUAACAUUGGCUACGUUUUGAGAAAACAUCUUUAUACUCCUAUUGAAAAGACUGAAAUCUUGAAUUCAAAAAUAUGUAUGUGGCAUAUAGAAAUAGGGAAUUGGAAAAUGUAUUGCUACCUGGAUGUGGUGGCCCUGCAAGAGCAGGAAUCAGACCAGCUGGACUCAAAGGUCCUACCCAGUCUGGGAUUCUGUACCUCAGCUAGCAUUGUGUCAGGGGGAAGUAUCUCUCCUCUUCAAUGAGCCAUCUUUGUUUUAUUCUCUAGUGACUUUUUUUUUCUAGCCUGUAUCUGCAACAAAGAAAACAGUGUAUUUUUAAUCUUCAGAGUAGUAGUUCAAAAGGGAUAUGAACUGCUCUUGGUGGCUAUAUGGGAAAUACUGCUUGCUCCUCAGAUGACGAAACCAAAGCUGGCCUACCUUUUUUCCCUGAUUAAAACACAUUUUUGGUGUGUUAUAGUGGUGGUUGCAUAAAAUAUAGUCUCUGCUCUAAGCCAUUUUAAUGUCUCAUCAGCUAGUUAAGGAUUUCACAGCAUCCCAGGAUUCCAAAUUUUUUUUGUAUGUGCAUUUUGUGGUGUUUGGCUUAGUGGGAAACCCUGACAGGCUAUUGAGCUUGCUUUCCUCCUGUUGGGACAUCAUCUUGGCAGAGGGAAUACACAUGUGGUGUCUUUUUUUUCUUUUUUUUUUUUAACAGAAUAAAUAAGCUCAUUCUCUUACUGUUUUUCCCUCUGAUAUGCAUCUCUGUAAAAUUGGAAGUUAAAUAUUAAUUUCAGGUGCUGACUCUUAAUGAAUGUGGGUAAUACAUUUGAUGCCAAAUCUUCCUCAACAAAAUAACACUUCUGAUUUUCUUCCGGUAGCAUUCACAUAGCAAAAAUGUGCUAUCAGUUGUGGUUGCCAGUAGCUUUAUUGUCUUACUGGAGUCUGGAAUUAGAUGGGGAAAAAAUGCUUCUACGCACGAAUGCCAUUUUGAUUUUUCCAAAUCUGGCAUUUAUUUCUGAGGUUAAGGAUGGUGACCAGAAAGAAAGGAGCCCACUAGAGCUAAUUAAGGCGAAGCACAGCUGUGAUGCGUGUCAUUCAACGUAGCUUUCUUUUUAGUGUUCUGAGUUUCCAGUAACUGUAUACUUUGGAAGACUCAACUCUACAGUUUUGUUAUAGCUUAAUAGUGGCAUGCCUUAACAUUUUAUCUUUCUGUAACAAUAGCAACUAAUAAAAUGUUGGAGGUUUCCCAAAUGGUACCACGAACAAAUAAUUUAUCGUAGGAUGGCUUGGAUUGGAAGAGACCGUAGAGAUCAUCCAGUCCCAACUCCCCUGCCGUGGGCUGGUUGCCCCUCACCAGCUCAGGCUGCUGGGGCUCCAUCCAGCCUUGCCAGGCAUGGUGCACCUGUAGCUCUGGGCAGUUUGUGCCAGCAUCUCGCCGUUUUCUUAGUAAAGAAUUUCCUCCAACAUCUGAUUUAAAUCAUCCCCUCUGGUCCUGAGAAUUUAACCUCAAUUAAGAAGCCCUUGAACUGUAAUGUUUUAUUUGCCUUUUCUGAUCCCGAGCGCACUAGCAGUGCUGGGGACAUGUUGCCCAACACCUGGAAGAGUCGGCAAGAGGGCAAUUGCUGAUACAGCAAAUAGCUCCAUGUUACUGACUUAUCUGUCAGAGUCUGCAGCAGUUCUGGGGAAGAGUAGCAUCCCCACUACUCAGAGCUGUAUCUGGAAGCUCGGUGUUCACAAAUGCCUUUAUGCUGUACUGGAAACACCGUGUGUUCUGCAUCACAGUCGUAGAGCUGAGGUCUGGCAAGAGAAGUUCCAGAGUGCUGCUUUUUACCCUAAUGCCCUGAGGUAAUUUAAUUUCUCUACUUCUAAAGUUGUAUUGCAGAUAGGAAAAGUCAAUAUUUACAUUUCAGUCGCUAAUAAAGCAUCAAUUGCUAUAAUUUAAAAGGUUCAUAAUUAGCCUAUUUUACAGCUUCAAAGUUAUUUUAGCAUUGGGCGUUUGUACCCAUUGCUUCCCUCUUUCUUGGCUUUGCAGAUGGAAUGCAGCAACUUGCCUCAUAGUUACAGCCAUAUGAAGGGCUGAAAUGGCCAAUUUGAUGACUUUCAGAUGUCUGAAAGAAACAGGAGCAGAGGCAGCCCCGCUGCAUCAGCUGCCUGCUUCCUAGUGCCACCUUGUGGGAGCCUCUCAGCCUUCUGCGGGGCCGUGAUAAAGCCAGCUCGUCGCUUGCAGCAGCAUGGUUGCUUUUGUGUUGAAGGCUUUUGCUUAAUUUUGGAAGGGGAUUCGCUUUUGUCGCCUGCCUCGGUAGUUACGGUGGUGUUUCCAAGCAGUGAACCGCCCGUGCUGCAGUUGUGAGUACCUGGCUGGCUGGUGGGUGAGCUAAGUUCCUUUCUUCGGAGACAGCUCUGUGUCUGUAGGACCUCCACACGCAGCUGUGAAAGCAGUCACAAAGCCAAAGCCUACAAGAACGCAUGGCACUGUUCAAUUUCAGGGUGAUUCGAUAGAUUAGCUUAAAUUGCAAACCGAUAAGGAGUUGUGGGUGCUUUCCUUUUCCCUUUAAAUCAGGUCGUUAUCCAUUCAAAAACUAAGGACUCGUUCCUGGUGUUUGUUAGAUUUCCCUUUUACGUGUCUGCUUUUUUAUUACCUACAAGAGGUUCGGAUUUUUUUUGUUGCAAAGAACUUGUAGGCAGCUAAUUGACUUGUUUUAAACAUGGUUUCAUUACUGUAGCAACAGCAUGUGUAGAAAUUACUCGUUAAAUGUUUAAAGACUUUUAGUAGGAAGUAUUAAUGUGCGUGCACAGCAGCUGCACUAACGUGAUACUCUACCAGUUUUGAAGGAGCCAUAAUUGUCCAUUGUGUCAACUUGCAAACUAAUGUAUUUCCCACUAAUGUUGACACAAUGGACCGUAAUGACUGUCAUUCCAGUUUCCUGUCAGUUAGCUGGAUUAUGCAAAUAUGUCGGGCCAGAGGACUGUUUCCCUGUCUAAUUGCAGUGGAUGUUUAUCUUGUGAUGGUUGUCCACACAAUGGGGAGGGUUCCGCAUGGUGUCUAAUCAGAGAAUCUAGCUGGAAGAUGAGAGAAGGGCUGGCAGGGCUGACCAUGUCUGUGAAGAGUAGCAGCUCGAUGUUUUCUGAGUCUCCCAGCGUCGCCUUCGCUGUCACACCACAACACAGAGGUCCAUCCAGUUGGCUUGAGCUGCAGCCUUACCUUUGGUUUGAGAUCCCUUCUCUUACAGUAGUGUGUAUGUUCAUGCUGCCCGAUGUCUCAUUUUUCUCACCGUCCUCCUGCGGGGCCUUGGGUUGCACGAUGAGGAGAUGUAAUGGUGUUUGGAGCUGAUGAGGAGCGCAGUUGUUACGGGCAUCUGCCCGCUCGCUUUGGGUGAGAGUUGGCUCGGAGCCACGAUAAGUGAAUUUAUAACAAAUUCAGAAGUGUUUCCAAUCACUGCAUGCACCAGGCUGUUUGUUUGCUCUUGACUAGAGAGGGAAGAAAGAGGGUGAAGAUUAAUGAUAGCUUACCCAAAGUACAUUAAAGUUGUGUUGUGUUAAAAAAGAAAAUAAAUUUGCAUCUGUUAAACCAGGGCUUCCCAACUUCUUUUUGAGGUAUCCUUUUUUUUUUUUUCCUCUUCUUUUUUUUUCCUCUUACAGGGAAGCAUAAUUUUGGAUUUCUUUUGGUUAUUUUAUGUGGUUUUGAUCCUUUAGCUGAAAUACCUGCGCUCCCUUCCUGAAUCUCACUCUGCUGUAAAGCUGUUGGCUGGGAAGCCCUGAAUUCAACUGAGAAUGUAAGAGAUUUUUUUUUUUCUUUUUUUCCUUUUUUUCUUUUCUUUUUUUUGGUUUUGUUUUGUACAGUGCUUUACAUCUGUUUAUACUGGACUUGUUUAGUACAAAAUGGUACUCCGAGGUCAUCGGACAACAGUUCGAUCAGGUUUGAUAGCUAAUAUUUAGGAGGAGUUUGUUCCCUAUGUAAGAUGUCAUAAUGCAAAUUUAAAUAGACUCAAUAAAAUGCAUGAAGUGAUAA